GAGGAGCGACGGUAUCGAGAGAGGAGGAGAGGACUGAGAGACAUACUGUCCUCCUGCCGACACUUCAUAGACACAGGCGUAUAUCAACACGGGACUGUUGAGGAUAUUUAGUCUAUCGCUCUUACUAUGCCCGUCAGUGUCGGGCUGUGAGGAGAACUUGUCCCAGGGUUAGCUUCCUAGCUACUUACUCCGGCUACAUGGCCAGCUAGCACAGUAAAGCUAACCACCGUUAGCUUCUGGCUUCAUCUCAUCACCCAGACCCGGCGAAGUGAAGAGCCGAGGAGGGGAAUGGCAAGAGUUUGCUCAGAAAGCCCUUUCAGAAGAAACAACGACUAACCAGACUAAACCAGCCCAGAUUUCUCUAGUUUUUUAAAUCACCGGUUGUUGGUGUUACUAUAAUCCCCACCAUGGUGCAGAAGUACCAGUCACCUGUGCGGGUGUAUAAGCAUCCCUUUGAGCUGGUGAUGGCGGCCUAUGAGCGCCGGUUCCCUACCUGUCACCUAAUUCCCAUGUUUGUGGCGAGCGACGUGGUAGAAGAGGAGACCAAUGAAGACGGUUCCAUCAACAAGGUUGAGCGACGCUGUGCCCUGGAUGUUGACGCCCCGCGCCUGCUCAAAAGGAUUGCGGGUGUGGACUAUGUCUACUUCAUCCAGAAAAACACGCUGAACCGAAAGGAGAGGACACUUCACAUCGAGUCCCACAAUGAGACCUUCUCCAACAGGGUCAUCAUCCAUGAGACGUGCUGCUAUUCGGUUCACCCGGAGAAUGAGGACUGGACGUGUUUUGAGCAGACUGCCAGCCUGGACAUCAAGUCCUUCUUCGGCUUUGAGAGUACUGUGGAAAAGAUUGCUAUGAAGCAGUACGCCAGCAGUAUCAAAAAGGGAAAAGAAAUCAUAGAAUUCUACCUUAAGGAGCUCCAAGAUGAAGGGAUCACCCAUGUACCUCGUUGGACUCCCUCCUCCCAUCCCCUGCCUCUUCCCAGACCAACCAGCCUCUCCACCAGCCCACCUGUCCUCCCCAAACUCACGGUCACGCCCGCCGUUUCUAUCCCGCUGCCCUCUGACAACAAGGACAGCACUUCUCAGGACGCUAAGCAGGACAGCAGCGCACUUCAGGCAGAUAGCCUAACAGAGAUCUUGGCGGGGACACCUGAAGAUAAGUUGGAUGCAGACUAUAUCAAGCGUUACCUAGGCGACCUGACCCCCCUGCAAGAGAGUUGCCUGAUCAGACUUCGCAAAUGGCUGCAGGAGACGCACAAGGGAAAGAUCCCCAAGGACGAGCACAUACUGCGUUUCUUGCGUGCCAGGGACUUCAACAUGGAUAAGGCACGGGAGAUUCUUUGCCAGUCACUGACCUGGAGGAAGCAGCACCAGGUUGACUACCUACUGGAGACCUGGACCUCACCACAGGUCCUUCAGGACUACUACACCGGGGGCUGGCACCACCAUGACAGAGAUGGACGUCCUCUGUACAUCCUGAGGCUGGGCCAGAUGGACACCAAAGGGCUGGUCCGUGCUCUCGGAGAGGAGUCUCUGCUCAGACAUGUGCUGUCUAUCAAUGAGGAGGGUCUGAGACGCUGUGAGGAGAACACCAAGGUGUUUGGUCGACCCAUCAGCUGUUGGACGUGUUUGGUAGAUCUGGAGGGGCUGAACAUGCGUCACCUGUGGCGACCAGGAGUCAAGGCGCUGCUGAGGAUCAUUGAGGUUGUGGAGGCCAACUACCCAGAGACUCUGGGACGGCUGCUUAUCUUAAGAGCUCCCAGGGUUUUCCCUGUCCUCUGGACACUGGUGAGUCCAUUCAUUGAUGAAAACACCCGCAAGAAGUUCCUCAUAUAUGCAGGCAAUGACUACCAAGGUCCUGGAGGGCUGGUAGACUACAUAGACAAGGAGAUCAUCCCUGACUUCCUAGCAGGAGAGUGUAUGUGUGAGGUACCAGAGGGUGGCCUGGUUCCCAAGUCGAUGUACCGCACAGCUGAGGAGCUCGAGAACGAAGAUGUCCGCUUGUGGACCGAGACAAUCUACCAAAGUGCCAGCAUCUUCAAGGGAGCUCCACAUGAGCUUCUGAUUGAGAUCAUCGAUGCUUCCUCAGUCAUCACCUGGGACUUUGACAUGUGCAAAGGCGAUGUGGUUUUCAACAUCUACCACUCCAAACGGGCCCCUCAGCCUCCACGUAAAGACCCCCUUGGAGCCCACGGCAUCACCUCCCCAGUAGGCAACAACGUCCAGCUUAUCGACAAGUCAUGGACACUAGGGCAAGAUUACAGCAUGGUGGAGUCCCCGCUGAUCUGCAAGGAGGGCGAGAGUGUGCAGGGCUCCCACAUUACACGUUGGCCAGGUUUCUACAUCCUCCAGUGGAAGUUCCACAACAUGCCAGCAUGCUCUGCAACCAACCUGCCCCGAGUGGACGAUGUACUGGCCACCCUGCAGGUCUCCUCGCACAAGUGCAAAGUCAUGUACUACACUGAGGUUUUGGGCUCUGAAGACUUCAGGGGUUCGAUGACCAGCCUGGAGUCGAGCCACAGCGGCUUCUCUCAGCUCAGCGCCGCCACCACCUCCUCCAGCCAAUCACAGUCCAGCUCCAUGAUCUCUAGGUAGAAACUGGGAGCUGAGGACAUCAAUCCCCACAGUCCCCCACCCCCCAACCCCCACUACCCUUCCCAUCAACACCGAAGCCAACUCUCCUUCUGCCCUUCCUUGUCGUCUUUGAACUCUGUUCCUAUUGCACAGCCAGUCUCUUGGGAACUGAAGCAUGCUUGCACAAACAGAAGACAAAGAAUAAAAAAAAUAUCUGAGGCAAAAAGAUAAAAACAGACUGUGUACACAAUUUAAAGGGCUGAUUUUUGCACAAAGGUCAUAUAUUUUUUUGUGCCUGGCAUCUCUGCCGGGCAGCAGUUUGAAUCAGAACAUUAGCGAAUGUUUGUUUGUGUGGAGAGGUUAAAGGUCAGGAGGUGAAUUGCGGUGCCUUUGUGGCACCAGAAGCUGCAAAAAGCAAUAUCCUCAUCCUUGGAGCUAUGGGACCGGAUGAAGACACUGGAGGCGCUGUUACAUAUAUGCAUUUACAUCUACAUAUACAGUACUGAGACGAUGCAUACCUCAUUCACGUGCACUCUCUGAAAAACUGGAUGUGCUGUUACGUACAAACACCAACACAAAUGCACAUAUGGAUGUUUAAUUACAUGCAAAAAUUUAUAGUGUUUGCCAUAUUACCAGAGAGGAUUGUUCAAUCUGGUGAAUUGUUUAUAGGUCAAGUGUGGGUGGGCAGGGUGAACUCUGAACUGGACCUGGGUCAAAGAUUACCUGCAGAUAAUUUGUUUUUAAAUCGACAUGGAACUACGGAGUGGGUGGAGCUUACUGAAUCACGACAGUGCAGAUAAUGUCAGCAAAGCUGCCAGUUGACGGGAAAAUAACAUUCACAUAUUUUCCAGAGGCUGUGUGAGCUUUCUGUCAUUCAUUUUAUUGUCUUAUGUGGCAAACCCCACCCCUCCACCUCUCGAGGGCUUUAUCACACCUUGACAAGCAUUUGAAUAUUUGACCUGGGUCUGACUCUUGGCGAACUAAAUCCGCUAGAAGCAAUAACACGAGUUUGACUUUCUACUGUGUGAAAUAUUUUUAUUUAUCAUUAAGAUGUAUGUGGACGAUCAUGGGUGCUGAUUGCAGAUGAGUUUUUUUUUUGUUGUAAGUUGUGUACAGGCAGACAGACGGGCAAACUGAGCCAGUAAACAACAAAGUUCCUUGGCGCCACUUCUAGUCUCCGUUUACCAUUCUGUCAGGAGAGAAACAAAAAUAACUCAGAUUUUCUCCUGAGCACUUUUUUUUUUCCUCAAAAUGACAGUUAGUUUGCUUUCUUCCAACGUCUGCACAAUUGAGGAACUCGGGUCAAAAUCAAGUUGUAAAGGAGAUGCCUUGUCACUGAUUUGUGAAUGUGCUACUGAUUGGCUGGUGCUCACCAGCUAAUGAAAUGCCUGAAUUUGGAGGGUUGUGAUGUAACUGGGCCGAACCGUCAUCAUUCAUGACUUAUUUUUCAGAGUGAUGUAGAUUUCAGUGUGCAUUACGGAUGAAUGUUUAUGAUUAUCAUUUGACGGUGCGCCAGUAGACAACAUAUUGAUACUGUACAUGUGUAAGUGUUGGUUGGAGUUUGUUACUGUCUUUUUUUGGAGAUGAGUACUUGAUAGGGUGAAGCAGUGUGGUGUGUUACUGCAUGCUCACAUGGUGAUUGGGUUUACAGAUGUAUUAUUUAAAGAUUAAGAUAUAGCCAUUUUUAAGAGUCAUGUGUCAAUAAAUACCAUUUUAGCCUUUGUAAGCAUCACUUAGAAACUGCUUUUUUCAAGGUCACCACUGUAAUAGAUGAGCGAUUGUGAUCUGAAUGAACAUUUCUAAAUGCAACACAUCCAUGCAACAGUUUUAUCUGGUUGAUUAGUGUCGAUGACUUCACGUAGCUCUGACUCCCUGUAGAGGGCAGAAACGAUCACUGAUGCCAAGAGUCAUUCUUGUGCUAUUGCCAUUGUUACAAAGUGCAGCUGACAGCAAAAGAAGAAACAAAUGUGGAUAAGACACAGUCUUUCUCCUUCUGUGGGAAUAGACUUGUACAAAAGCUGGCCCUGCCAGUUUUGCUUUUGAUACAUGAAACUGCAUGAUUUUUUAAUAAUUAAUGAAAGGUCAAGGGUUAACUUGUGGUAACUAUUUGUCAUUAACUGCAAUAACAUAAAAUGCUUUACUGAGAAAAAGGACCUCCUCAGACUGUGGGCUAUUAAGAGUAUGUAUGAUGGUGUAUAAGAAUGAAUGUUAGAAAUAGUGGGGAUAAAAGAUAUGCCUGUAAAAUGUGUGUUAACACUCCCUCUGCCCCUCACGGCAGCUGUGUUUUCUUUACUAGGCCUCUUCUCACUUUCUGAAGCAUGUCUAGAAUCAGAUGGCUAACUUUCCUUCACCUGGUUAUUCCUUCAGCAAGCUCACUUUCCAUUUCUUCAACAGUUGGACUGAUGAUGAAUCAUCAGUCCCAGACCAAACUACUCUUAUAGUUCCAUUUGUUUCUCUUUCUCUCUAUCAACUCUUUGUCACUUGUACACUCCAGUGUUGCUGUUUUGCUUUAUUCACUGUGUAUAUCUAAGAAAGCAGAGUGGACCUUGAUUGAAGCCAUAGGCAUAAAGAAGUGUUCUCAGAUUAUAUGUUUUUGUUUCAUUUCCAUCUCAUUUACCACAUACCAGAAAAUGUCCAUGGUCUGCUGUCUCUUGCCUCUCUGACUUUAGCUCUUACAGCAUGCACACAUCAAGAUCUCAUUGACAAAUGAGGGCUAUAACUGUUUGUCUUGACUGUUCAACACAUUUAUCUGUCUUUCUGCUUCCUUCUCUGACAUUGUUGCAUAUCUUCUCUUUACCUUGAUGUGAGGAAUUAUGUAAAAAGUACAUGUUUGGAUUAAUGAGAAUAUGGCGCCUUUACAUUUUUUGAAAACAUUAAACUUGAAUUAUGAGAAAUGAGAA